AUGGCGGAGAUCACGACCUGUGAGGUUCAGGCAUUAUGCCUCUCUCUGGAGGACAGUGCUUACCUGGUGCAACGAUGUGUCCUCGAUCUUCUCAUCUCGUGCUUUCCCAUCCACAAAUGCCAACUACCUCGUUCAGAUAUCUUGAACGUCCUAACACAUGCUGUUACUAUCCUGUUGCGACGAGAUAUGUCCCUGAACAGACGUCUUAAUGCCUGGCUUCUUGGCACUGAUUUAAAUGGCGUACCCGUGCCGUUCAUCAUUCCGCAGCACUUGCAGCAGUCUCUCCAACAACAGCAGCAAUCUCAGCUCGACGCUUCUUCCAACAAUCCAGCAAAGCAUUCCACUAACCAGCUUCAAAACGUCGAUGUAAAUUAUUUCAACAUUUUCACAAAAGAUCUCUUGAUACUGGCCAUCAAAUCGAUAUUGAACUCUGACAAAGAUUUCAGCAGCAGUUCCAAGCAGAAUGUAUUGCUAUCACUGAAGACAAUGAUCAGUCUACUGGACAGACCUGAAAUCGUCAGCACCAUUUUAAACGAUUUGUUGUUGGAUGUCCUGCGAACGUUGUACAGAGAAUGCCACACAAACCUGCAGGAGAACGUGAGAACCUUGGUCAAAAGCAAGGUAAGCUUCACAACCUCAUUGGCAGAUGAAUCACUCAUUAGAAAAAUUAAGUUAGAAGAGAAACAGGCAGCUGUUGAGAUUUACAAGACUGCCAACAUAUUGUUCACUAAAUUUGAUCCCAGCUAUAUUUGGAAUUUUAUAGCCAAGUUAUUUGGUGAAGCUUGUAAGCAAUCCAUUAAGUUAUCAUCACCAGAAGGGCAUUCAUCCACCUCAUCAUCACCACCAAGUGCACCGUAUGGAAACAUUAUAACAAUUAGAGAAUUUGUUGACAUUGUAACUUUCCUGCUUGAUAAAUUGUCAUUGGAGACCUACUUUGAAAUGAACACACAACACUUCCCCAACAUGCUCAUCCACAUUGUGCAAACCCUGCAAGAAAACUACAAGCAGCUCUCAAACGAUGAACUCGUCUCUUCUUUGAAACUCUGCUCUAACAUUAUAACUCGAAUCAUUUCGUACUGCCAUUCCAUUUCCAUGGACUACGUGCGAAACAGAACUGGAGGACAUAAAAGGGGCAAGCAGUUUCGUGAGGUUGGAGCUUCCAAUUGCACCACGGCAAACGUUGCAGACGAUAAAGCCGCUGCCGAAACGGUGAAUGAUGUGAAUGCUGGUGAAGUGGAUGAGCACAAUGAUCUUGACGAUGAGCAUGAUUUCGAGAUGGUUGGCGAGAUUGUCAACAAGCAGUUCUUGAACAACAACGCCGAUAACAAUGAUGAUAACGAUGAUGUAACUGUCUCUAACGAUAGUAAUGAAAUAAAUGAAUCCACAAGGAACUGUGGCAAUGAUCAUCAGUCUGCCACAAAAAUUAUAAAAGAUGUUAAUUGCAGGUUUCUGUACCAGGCUGGAUACGUCAAUAGAAAUAGCUCCUUAUUCACUUUCAUAGACAAGUUUUUGAUCUUCUUCGAAGCAGUGGUUGAGAAUAGAAUUGUUUCAUCGAGCAACCUCACGAACCUCACGAUUGAUUAUUUGUUCACUCAUUCAAACAAAACGGCGUCAUGGAAAGAUUAUCAUAGCAAAAUAUCAAAAGUUAUAUCGACGAAGAAGAUCAACUUUAAAAGCAAGGCAGAACACGAAACGUUACUGAAUCACUUGUGUCUCCUGCUCUCCAAAUCACUAUCCCUCUCCACCUACAAUGCCUCGUUCAACGAUAUUGGUAUGCUACUGCUCAUGGAUAUCAAAUUAAAUGAUUAUAUUUUUAUUUUUUAUAUUUCAUUUUAUUGA